CACAUAUGUAGAGACCCCGCCUCUUUGUAUUAUGCUUGGUGCGCGAAUGCAAACACUUGACAGUACUUAUUAUUCAUUCAUUGUGAACCUUGAUUCAUUGCCGUGCUUUGGUGUUGCCACAGGUAAGUACAUCAUAGAUCCAUGUAUCCAACCCUCGAUGUCACUGAUCUGCGAUGGACCUACACUGGAAUUCCGGAGCCAAGACAGCGACUGCAACAGUCGAGCUUCUCGAACGACAGAAUAUUAACAUCAAAACCCAUGGGAAACACCUAACAAUAUCUGGGCAUUUGAAGCGCUCGGAGAACCACAAAAGGGCGGAUAUACAGUACAGGAACAUUUGUAUGGCAAGUCUUCUAGAUCAUGGUGAUUGCAUCAUCCAGGCUGAGUAUUUCCAUGCAAAGAUAGAGGAUGGAAUGAUUACCGCGCGCUUCAUCGCGUGAAGAUGUGGUGCUAUCUGCAUGUUGCGACAUGUGACUGCUUUGGAUUUGUAUCUUUGGCACCCUGCGAAGGUGGAAUAAGGAUUCUAAAGCAACCAUGUGUCUAUACGAUGGCUAUACAUGUGCAAGCAUCCGACUACGAUGCGACUUUCGUAACCUGCCUCUGAAUUUGUUGAGUAUGAUGAAGUGACAAUGGC